AUGUAUGUGAAAUCUGGAGUUUGCCACAUUGGUAUUAGUGACCAUUCACUUGUAUAUGCAAUUCGUAAACUUUGUGUAUCUAGAAAGGAUCCUAGAAUAAUUCGCAGCAGGCAAUUUAGAGAUUUCAACGCAAAUUCAUUUAGAUAUGAUCUCAGCUUAGCCCCGUGGCAUAUCAUUGAGGAGUAUGAAAAUGAUCCAAAUCUUGCUUGGGAUGCUUGGAAAACUAUAUUCCUGCAAAUAUCUGAUAUUUAUGCACCCAAACGGAGUAGAAAAAUUCGAAAUAAGCACUCUCCUUGGUUAACCCCAGAACUUAAGAAAUUGAUGUUUGAGAGGGACCGACUGAAAAGAAUAGCAAGUAAACAUGAUACUGAACAUAACUGGUCCAAGUAUAGAAGUGCACGAAAUAAUGUUAACAGAUGUAUACAAGAUGCCAAAGUUGCAUAUUAUCACAAUUACUUUAGAAAUAACUUUGGUGAUAUUAAAAACACAUGGAAAGGUGUGAAUGAGCUUAUGGGUAAAAAUUUCCAUACCAAUGUAAUAAGCAGCAUUAAAGUUGGUGACUGUAACUACACUUCUUCAAGUGACAUAAGUAAUGCUUUUAAUAACCACUUUACUCAAGUUGGACCUAAAUUAGUUAAUAAUGUUCCCACCUGA